AUAUUUCCAGUGAAGUACACACCUAUAGGUGUGACUGGUGUAUGGACUAGUAUAUAAAGAGCAGAUCCUCGGGGUUGGACCACAGCAGAACUCAUCUUCAAUCUUGAACUUGAAUUCAGUUCUUCACGCCUCCACAUUUGGACUCAACAACAAGACAGCAUGGCCCCUGUCAUCACUGCCCUGGAUGUUUCCACCAACACUGAAGAAGAGAAGGAGCUCCAGGCUAAAGGCUUCCAUAAAAUCCCUACAAAUCUGAAUGAAGGCAUACCAGGUGCAGACAACAUCUACCUGUGGUACCAAAAAGGAGACCAGCCUGCGGUCACCAGGGUUCAGGUCACAUUCAACAAGGAAAUGGAGGUCGGGCUCAAGGAUUACGUCAAGAUCGAGAAGAAUCUAAACUCUGGUACCACUGGAGUUCCCAUCUACAUGUGGUACUCUAGGGCCGCUGGAACGUAUGAUGUCCCCAUUGUAGAUGUGACCGUUACCGCUCAAGCCAGCUCUGAGGCUAACUACCUGACCGCCAGGGGUGUGUGGGAGCAGGUGACCUGUAAUCUGAAUCUUGAAGCUGGAGGAAACUACGUGUACGCCUGGUUGAAAAGACAGAAGCCCAUCUACAUCUGUAACGUCACUGCCACUAACACCUACGACCGUGACGUGACUUUGUUCAACAACGGCUACACCCGAGUGGAUGUGAACACCAACCUGAGAGCAGAGGGAGGGACUGAGGUCUUCAUCUGGUACCGUAAGACCACAGACGAAGAGAGCAGCCUGUCUGCCCUCAACAUCUCCACCAACUACAAGCAGUAUGAAGAUAUGCAGAAGGCUGGUUUUAAGUUGGUGGACGUCAACCUGAAUGAAAACACUAGUGGAGAUCCUGUGUACCUGUGGCAUAAGACAGAGGCAGACCUAGAUAAAGUCCGAGGCCUGGUCCUCCUGCUCAACAUGAAUGCUGUAGAUUCAUACAAAGCAGCUGGAAUCAAUGUCAUAGAGAGAAGUCUGAACUCAGGGAACCGUGGUGCCACUAUUUACAUGUGUCAUGUUUAAAGUGCAUCAUUUAAGCAGGAAAAGCAGCGUCUCAUCAAUGUGUGAGAAUCUGCUCAUACUGGACACAGUUGGAAACCAAAAUGAAUGUCUCCACUGUUCCUCUGAAGUAUUGUAUUGUCACCUGCUUUGAAAUAAAUCAAAAACAAACAUG